AAAUGGCUGCGCACCGCGUCCGCAGUUAAUCAGUGGAGUGUUGGAAGUUGAGUCGAACUGUGCUUGAUUCAGUAGGAAUUAUUAUGAAACUCCUCGGAUAUCUGCUGGCCACGCUGGCCAUCGCUCUCACGGCCGAGAGUCACUUGCUGGGCGAUAAAAGAACAGUCAAAGCCGAUCCGAGGCACGAUCAUCCGCACCUCGAUUGGUGGCAAUCGACAGUGCUGUACCAGAUCUAUCCCAGGUCCUUCAUGGACAGUGAUGGCGAUGGAAUUGGCGACUUGAAUGGAAUAUCCUCGAGAUUGGCUCACCUGCAGGAGGCUGGCGUCUUCGCCUGCUGGUUGAGUCCAAUCUUCAGCUCUCCGAUGAAGGAUUUCGGCUAUGAUAUCUCAGAUUUCAAGAGCAUCAAUCCCGAGUAUGGAACCAUGGAAGACUUCCUGCAACUCCUGCACGAAGCUCGUCGCUUAAACAUCCGCCUAAUUCUGGACUUUGUGCCCAAUCACACGAGUGAUCUGCACGAGUGGUUCGUCAAGUCUGAGGACAAUGAUCCUGAAUACAGGGAUUACUACGUCUGGCGUGACGCUAAGAUUGUCGAUGGCAACAGAGAACCGCCCAACAAUUGGCUCUCGGUCUUUCACGGGCCCGCGUGGACUUGGAGUGAGAAGCGACAGCAGUAUUACCUGCACCAGUUCGCGAAGGAGCAGCCAGAUCUGAACUUCGAGAACCCAAGAGUGGUGGAAGAGAUGACUGACGUCCUCAAAUUCUGGCUGGAUAUCGGUGUGGAUGGAUUCCGUGUGGAUGCAAUCAAUCAUUUGUUCGAGGACCCAAGUUUUGCCGAUAAUCCACCCAAUCGCGACGUUUACGACCCGAUGGACUACAAUCACUUCGACACAAUUUACAGCAAAGAUCUGCCCAAGUCGUAUCAGCAAGUGUAUGACUGGCGCAGAUAUAUGGACGAGUAUGCUGAGGAGCAGGGCAGUGAUACCAAGAUCUUGCUGACUGAAGCCUACACGGAUCUCACCAACACCAUGAAGUGGUACAUCUCAGAGGAUGGCACGCAGAAGGGCGCCCACUUCUCCUUCAACUUCCAACUCAUCAUGGGCCUCAAAGCGCUGCCAGAACAACUCACAGCAGCGGACGUUAAGGCGACAAUUGACGAGUGGUUUGAUCACUUGCCUGAGGGAUUGACGCCCAAUUGGGUGCUAGGAAACCACGAUCGGCCGCGAGUCGCUUCACGCUUUGGCGUGGAUUUGGUGGACAACAUGAACAUUCUGGUGCAGACUCUGCCCGGCGUCGCUGUGACGUACUACGGCGAGGAGAUCGGAAUGGAGGACUUCAGGGGCAUUUCGUGGGAGGACACAAAGGAUCCUCAAGCUUGUGGCUCCAACGAGACAGUCUAUCAGCAGUACACGCGAGAUCCAGUGCGAACGCCAAUGCAGUGGGACGAUUCAGAAAACGCUGGCUUCUCCACAUCCGCCAAUCCUUGGCUGCCUCUUCAUCCCAACUAUCCGCAGAACAAUCUGGCACAGCAGAAGGAGCAGGAGCGCAGCACCUUCAAGCUGUAUCAGGAACUGGUGAGACUGAGAGUGGAUCACGCUCUCGAGUACGGUGACUUUGAAUCUGUUGCGCUGGGCAAUGUCUUCGCCUACAGAAGACAUGUGGAAGACCAUGAGAGUCUUGUGAUUGCUCUGAAUCUGGGCAGCACAGAUGCAACAGUUGACUUGUCACCCAUUCUAUUAGAAUCAUCUUACGCCGAAGGAACUGUUGAUGUUUCCGUCACCAAAUCAAUUUACAAACGAGAUGAUGUUGUUCCACUGGACAGCUUUCCUUUGCCAGCUUACGAUGGAAUUAUCUUGAGAGUUCCCUCAUCGGCGACGAAAAUCGUCAUUUCUGCCCUUUCCCUGUUAGUUUCGUUCUUAGUUUUGUUUUAAUUAAAGAGAAUGCGCAAAGGUGUAAUCUAGAAAAUAAAAGUAACUCAUCGAGUGACAAA